CGGCCCCACGUUGGUGACUCAGCCGUUACAAUUGGUGCUUUUCUGAAUUACGCAAUAACUGAGCUAUAAAAGCGGCCCGGCAGGAGUCCGUGCAAAAGGAUCCGGAGCUGAUUGAAGGAAGAAGGAGUCGCCGUCAGAUCUCACAGAAUGAUGACCCCCGCUCUCCUCUCGGCAGCCCUGCUGCUGCUGCUGCUUCCUGGAGCUCCCGCUCAAGAUUCCAAUCAGACUCCCAUCAGUAUCCAUGUGAUAAACUCUGUGACAAACACUCCCAAUAUGACCUACUCCACCUACGUGGUCUUCAGAGGGAUCUUACUGGGAGCGAUGAGGAGACUGCGGGAUUCGGGUCCAGGCUUCACAUUCAAAUACAUCGAGGACUCAAACUACGGGCCGUUCCUGACCAGCGUGAACGGCCUGGCCGGGUGUCCCACGAUGCGAACCUACUGGGAGCUGCUGGUCAAGAAGGCCGGCGGCCGGGUCUUCAGGCCGGAUGUGGGUAUCGGAUGUUACAUCCCAAUGGCGGACGAGGAGAUCAUCCUGAACUUCAACAAGUACUGAAGGAAUCAGCACGGAGUCCAUGGAGGAAUCCGCUGAAGCCGUCUGCUUGGCUUCUGAUUACUGCGUUCACACCAAGAACGAGUUUAGAGUUUAGAAGCGACUAGUUGAAGUCAUUUUGCUUCGUUAGCUUAUAGGCGCCAGAAAGGGGGCGGGGCUUAUUGUCUCCGUAAAGACAGUUAUAAUCAUUUCUACUAU